AUGGGAAAAUAUCGAUAUCUACUGAUUUUCUUUGCUGUGUUCGAUAUUGUCUACUCCGUUGCUGAACUGUUGACACCGAUUGCUGUCAUAAACACAGGGUAUGGAUUUGUUACUUUCAUAACUGACGGUCCAUUUUUCGAUGACGUCAUGGAUGGACAACACGGUGUCGCUUCUCGAUGUUGCUUCAUUUCGUUGAGUUAUGCUAUACUGAUUAUUCACUUUGUUUAUCGAUACCUGCUGCUCUUCAAUCCCGACUACGUCCGUCGUUUCUUUGAACCUCUUGGAGUCUUUGUUAUUUUAGUGUAUUUCAUAUUUCAUGGUGUCUCUUGGACGUGGAUUUGUGAGCAUUGUCUUGCUCCAAAUGAUGAAAUCAGAGAUAUUAUACGACCAGCAUUUCAAGAAGUAUAUCAUGUGGAUGCUGAUACAAUCCCUUGUUUAACAGGACAGUACAUGAACGCAAGUAACUAUGUCAUUGCGAAAAGUUGGAUUGGAAUAUCUUCUUUAACUCUUUUCUCAAGUUACUGUAUGACAAUUUAUUUUGUUUUGGGAUACAAGAUCCUCACGAAAAUCAGCCAAAACUGUGCAAUGAGUAAAACCACUCUUCUCCUCCAUCGUCAACUUUUCAAAGCACUAGUCGUCCAGACGUGUAUUCCAAUCUUCGCCAGUUUCCUUCCUACUGUAAUUGCCUGGUAUGCUCCCAUCUUCCUAAUUAAUCUAACAUGGUGGAACAACUACAUCUGCAUCAUUGCGUUGGCUGCAUUCCCGUUCAUCGACCCAAUCGCUGUCAUUUGCUUCAUUCCAAAUUACAAAAACACAAUAUUGGGAUGGCUGAAAAUACGGAAAUUCACAACAACUACAACUCCAUCGACGACAGACGCCGCGUCGACGAUUUCAAGAAAACAAACGACGAACAAUUCGAGAAAUGAACAAUAA